CUUGAGUUCUUGCCUCUUUCCAGUCCCAGAUCCCCUUCCAUUCAAGAUGCCGGAUCAGGCAGUUUAUGCGAAUGCAUACAAUCGACCACAACCUCGAGAAGGGCCCAAAGUGCCUUACAACAAUGACUCAGGCUCAAACCCUGUGCUUCGCGGCUACUCUUUGGCUGCCGUAUCUACAAUCAUUGCUUCCUCCCACUACGUCCAACGCAUCUUCUGGACAUUAAACAGGUUCGAAAAGCUCAAGGAGUUGCCCUAUCUCGAAGAUUAUGACGCACGCCAUGAUCCAACUGUUGUCCCUGUAUCUACCUCCGCGCCUUCGGUACCAACCUUGCUCGACUUACCUCAGUCGGCCCCUCGCGCUUCUCCUACCGAUUACUACACCUCCGCAGACUACCGCGCCCUCUAUCAAAGCGGCAAGGUAACCCCAAGCGACGUUGUCGAGAGCCUUCUGCCUCUGAUCCAACGGGAUGCUCAACCUCCUGGUCAAUAUUCGGUGGGCUUCAUCUCGGUUAGGGCCGAUCUCAUUCGCGCAGCCGCCAAAGCUUCAACCGAGAGAUACCAACAAGGGAAGCCUCUCAGUCCGCUAGACGGUGUUCCAGUGACGAUCAAAGACGAGGUUGAUUUGGCUGGAUACAAAACCACAAAAGGUUCCGUUCUGGACCUCACUGACAAGUCUGGCCGAACCUCAUGGUGUGUCGAGAAAUGGCAGGAGGCAGGUGCAAUUAUAUUGGGCAAGACCAACAUGCAUGAGGUCGGUCUGGACACCACAAACAACAAUAUUACUUACGGAACUCCACUGAACCCUCAUAACCCUGGAUACUACACCGGUGGUAGCUCUGGCGGGUCCGCCUUUGCCGUGGCUUCAGGUCUUGUCCCCAUCGCCUUGGGCGUCGACGGUGGUGGCUCCAUUCGACUUCCCUCAUCUUUCUGCGGAGUCUUUGGCCUGAAACCGAGCCAUGGGAGAGUCUCUUCGAAGGCGGGAUAUGAAAUGACGAAUAGCGUUGCCGUGAACGGCCCGAUCGCGAAUAGUAUGGACGACCUGGCUCUCGCAUACCGAAUCAUGGCUCAGCCUGACCCUAGCUCCAGCGGAAGUUCACAAUUUCCCAACAGCCUCCUAACGUCAACGGACGUUGCUGGCUCCACCCCUGCAAAGAAGAUCCUUGGACUGUAUAAAGACUGGAUCUCCAGAUCAGAUGCCGUGGUUUUGACUGCCUUUAACGCUACCGUCGACCAUCUCGUCAAAGUCCAUGGUUAUGAAACCGUUGACAUUGAGAUUCCAUGCAUCCCGCAGGGCCAGAAAGCACAUGCCAUGACUAUUCUCUCCGAAUCGAGAAGUGUGUUAACCGCUUCUCAGAUGAAGAAAUUAUCCUACCAUAACCAGUUAUUGCUCAACAUCGCCGGCGGACAUGCUUCUGCCCAAGACUUUCUUUAUGCCCAGAGGCUGAGGCAACUCCUCAUGUCUCACCUUGCCUGGCUGUGGACCCAGUAUCCCGGGAUGCUCAUUUUGACUCCGACAAUACCCUUUGCUGGGUGGAAGAUCGCCAAACCGACAGACAUCACGAAUGGAAUUGGCGUUUCAGAUAGUGAUAUGAGCUUGCGAUCCAUGGAAUAUGUAUAUCUGGCCAACUUUACAGGGAAUCCCGCCAUCAGUGUUCCUUGUGGCUAUAGCGACGAAAACGUUCCUAUUGGAUUCAUGGCCAUGGGAGACUGGGGUAGCGAGGAACAGUUGCUAGCAUUUGGCAAGGAAGCACAAUCGAGCUUGGAUAAUAAAGGAGGGAUUCAACGACCCAAAGGCGAUAAAGCGUGGUUCGAUCUAUUGGCUCAACAUUCUAGCUAGCCGAGCGUCACUUGCCUCCUUUUCUUCUAGCCUUUUCCUGUCUUAUUAGCCGGCAAUCCUCACAUGGGAGGUCUUUGUGUUUCAAUAAUGGUCUUCAUCAUCCUCGUUAUCAAGGCCCUCCUCGUCUGCGUCUA